AUGAAAUCCUCCAUGCGCUGGACAACGAAACUUGCGCUGGUGUGGCUGCUACAGCUGGUUACCGCGCAAUGGAAGCCCGAGGUUACCAAACAAAAGUCCGGCAUGUCGUAUAUGCUCCAGCCUUUCGACGACAGCCCCGUGAUUCUGCGGGAGGAAAACUCGAAACUCUCGCGUUCCUCAGAUAGCGGCAAGACUUGGGAACCCAUCGACUCGAUCAAAGGGAAUACCUCGUACUUCGAAGUGGACAGAAACUACCCGAGCAAGCGUGCGUUUGUCUAUACGAGGUCAUCGGGGAUGAUCUACGUUACAGAUGACCAGGCAGAGACCUGGAGCGAGAUCAGCCUUCCCUGGGGCGAUGAUCUUCCCGAUGAGAAUGAAGGGUUCAGUUUCUGUGACGUGAAAACUCACCCUCAGUUCGAAGGCGACGUCAUCGUCUCAUGUAACGUUUGCAGAAACAAAUCCCACUCGUGCGAACAAAAGGUUUUCUUGUCAAAGAACGGCAAAGAAUUCAACGAUUUGGACCUGCCCAAGCCCGAAAAAUCUUCCAAAAACGAUUACUCCUUUGUCGACUGUGAAUUCUUCAGAGAAUACAAGGAAUCACAACUGGGUGGCGACCACGAGGUCGUGUGCAUUUCAAGGACCAUGGUCAAUAGGCAUGGGUCGAUGUUCUUUGAGGCUUCCUCUAUCGUCACAACAAAUGAUUACGGCAAAACAACUUCAACUGUGCACAACUUCGAAGGUAUGACACCCACAGAUCUCAGAAUAGUAGGCGAUUACUGCGUGAUAACCACCAUAGAGGACAAGUUCAACUCGGAAUCCGUGAGGCGCCUUUGGGUCUCCCGCGAUGGCAAAAACUUCGACGAGGCCUACUUUCCAUCGCAAUUGCGUUCAGACUUGGUGAUCCAAUCCUUAGGUGGCUCCAAGGAGAAGGUCGUUGCAUCUGUGAGCUCACCUGACAAAGGCGACUUUGGUGGUGUGGAUCUACUUUUAUCAGACUCUACCGGUUUGAAGUUCACGCCAAUGUCAUCGCUAUUGUCAGACGAUGUGGGCUAUUACUUUUUGCAAUCGGUAGAUGAACUGGAGGGCACCGUUUUGAGUACUUUUAACGCAUUCGUGAGCGCUGGACCCUUUUCUAAAGCCGUUUUGAAGUCCAGAAUAUCCUUCGAUGAUGGUCAGUCCUGGUCGUACUUAAAAGUUGAUGAUCCAAACAACGAAUAUUCUUGUGAUGUCAGCGAUCCAGAAACAUGCUCCGUAAGAACAUUUUGGUUCAACUUUGCCAGCUCAAGUCAAAUUGUGGGUUCCCCAACAACUGCCGGUAUUCUUGCCCUAACAGGUGUUGUGGGGGGCGAGUAUGACUACACAUGGGACAAUCAGCAAACGUUCAUAUCUCGAGAUGGAGGUGCAACCUGGAGGAAAAUCCUAGACUUUUCAGCUACAGUGGCUUUUGGAGACCUGGGUAAUAUUAUAGUCGCAGCUCCUUAUGAUUCGAAUUCCGACGGCGAUCCUGCCAGUGAGUUUUAUUAUUCACUCGACCAAGGUGAAACUUGGUCAGAAUAUGAAUUCGAUGAAGAAAUGUAUAUCCAUGAGGUCACACCCACUUCUCUGGAUGGAUCUGGAUUGACUUUCAUAAUAUCUGGCACUCAGGUCAACGAUAACGUAAACUGGGAAGAUCGCGAGGGAUUUAUUUACACCAUUGAUUUCAGCUCGGCAUUUGAAAGCAAAAAGUGCUCAAACGACGAGAUGGAAGACUGGUAUUUGAAUGAUGGCAAAUGCCUGAAAGGUGCAAAGCGCAAGUUCAGAAGAAGAAAGCAAGAUGCAAAGUGUCUCGUUCGGGAGCUUUACGAGAAUGCCAAAAUAAUAGAGGAAACAUGUCCCUGUGAUGAAGAAGACUACGAAUGUGCACCUGAGUUUGUACCAGAUGGAUCUGGGAAUUGUUUACUUGAUCAUACUUUACUAUCGCGUUCAGGCGCUUGUAGCACAAGGAAAUCCCAUGUUAAAUUGGCCCCAAAGCAACUUGAGAGAGGAAAUUUAUGCAAUAAACCACUUAAAAUAAAUGAAGUCGAUGUGUCAUGCACUGGGAACAACGAUAAGGGUGCAACUGGUGAUGUGUCGGUUGUCGAAAACGAAUUAGAUUUUAAAAUGACAUUCUACCAGUACUUUGACACUAUUGGUGAUGAAACUGUGAUUGCCCUUUCCGACAAACACGACGUUUACUUGUCACAUGACAACGGUCAAAACUUCCGCCAGCUCAGAAUUGAUGAUACCAUUAUAGAAGUGAUGUUCAAUCCGUAUUUCAAUUCAUCCGCAUAUCUCUUUGGGAAGAGUGGUAAGCUUUACAUUACAAAUGAUAGAGCGAGAUCGUUUUCAUCUGUUGAAUUACCCGACGCAAGACAACUGGGGUUCCCACUUUCGUUUCAUGCUAAGGAUUCUGAAACAUUCAUUUUCUAUGGUGGCCAAGGUUGCAAAAGUUUAUACGAUGAUGCUUGUCACGCGGUAGCGUUCAUCACACGGGAUGGUGGUAGUAAUUUCGAAGAACUCGCACAGGGAGCGUACUCUUGCGAGUUUGUUGGCUCGACCUAUGAGCAUCCUUCUGACGACAACAUGAUUAUGUGUGCGAUUAAGGAUAAAGAGACUAACAAGAGAUCCUUGGUUACCAGUAACGAUUUUUUCAAAAAUAAUCGCAAAGUAGUAUUCGAUGAAAUAGUUGGUUACGUCUCUACUGGUGAGUACACUAUCAUUGCGGUCCCUCGUGGUUCUGAUGAGCUAAGAGCUUACGUAACAAUUGAUGGUGAAGAGUUUGCGGAGGCAGUCUUUCCAGCUGAUCUUUCCAUUAAACAGCAAGCCUACACGGUUCUCGGCUCCCAACAGGGUGCAAUUUUCUUCCACUUGACAACUGAAUCGUCCCGUGACAAAGAGUUUGGGGCAUUGAUGAAAUCCAACUCUAACGGAACAUCAUUUGUGGUUUUGGAGAGGGCAGUCAAUAGAGGUCCUCGCGGCUAUGUUGAUUUUGAAAAACUUCAAGGCUUAGAAGGAAUUGUAUUGGUGAACGUUGUUUCAAAUGCCGAGGGAAUCAAAGAUGGUUCAGAAGAUAGCAAGAGGUUAAAGUCAAAAAUUACAUUCAAUGAAGGUGCCGAUUGGCAAUACAUAUAUCCACCUUCGAAAAAUUCUGAAGGAAAGAACUAUGCCUGUAAAUCGAAAUCAUUAGAAGACUGUUCCCUAAAUCUUCAUGGAUUCACCGAAAGGAAAGACAUCAGGGACACGUAUUCUUCAGGUUCAGCUCUAGGAUAUAUGAUCGGUGUCGGAAAUGUCGGCGAAUAUCUUCUGCCAUAUGAAGAUUGUUCCACUUUUAUGAGCACAGAUGGUGGAAUUACAUGGAAGGAAGUUAAGAAUUCUCCAUAUCAAUGGGAGUAUGGUGACCAUGGUAGUAUCAUCGUGUUAGUACCGGACAGCAAGAAAACUGACGCCGUCACGUAUUCUACGGAUUCAGGUAAAACAUGGAAGGACUUUAAAUUCACUGAAGAAGAAGUAUUCGUGGACGAUAUCGUCACUGUUCCUCAGGAUUCUGCGAUGAGAUUUAUGAUGGUUGCAACGUCACCAAAUGUUAAAGGUCAAAAAACCAAGACAUUCACGCUAGAUUUCUCAGGUUGCUUCAACAGACAAUGUGUCCUCGAUUUCGAAAAUGAAAGGAAUGACGAUUACGAUUAUGCCCCUAUUGCCAACCCAGGGUCCGAGUGUUUGUUUGGACACCAGGCGGAAUACUUGAAGAAAAUAAAUGAUGAUUGUUACAAUGGUGCCGCUCCACUCAAGGAAAUGGUAAGAAUUGUGAAAAACUGUUCCUGUACCAGAAAUGAUUUCGAGUGUGAUUACAACUUCUAUAAGGCUAAAGACGGCACCUGUAAAUUGGUCGAAGGUUUGGAUCCAUCUGAACCUAGUGAUAUUUGUAAGAAAACAGAUGCCAUAGAAUAUUUCAAUCCUACCGGAUAUAGAAAGGUUCCAAUGUCAACUUGUGUAAAGGGCUUAGAAUUGGACAAAGCUACCGUGCCAAAGGCAUGCCCCGGGAAAGAAAAACAGUUUAAUGAAAAGUACAAGGUUAACAGGAUUUCCUUAGUAUUCAUCAUUGGAGUGCCGCUUUUUAUUUUUGUCUUCGCCACAUGGUUUGUCUACGAUCGGGGAAUCAGAAGAAACGGUGGUUUCGCUCGGUUUGGUGAGAUUAGACUUGGUGAUGAUGAGCUAAUUGAAGAAAAUCAAACUGACCGUGCUGUCAAUUCAAUUGUGAAGUUUGGUGUUUUUGCAUUUACUGGGAUGUCUGCAGUGGCUCAAUUUUUCAACCGACAAAGAAAAAGGGCAGUCGAAGGUUUGAGAUCCAUAUUUUCUCGCAAUAGAAAUGGUCCCAGCUACUCUUCGCUCACUCACGAUCAAUUUUUGGAUGAGGCUGACGAAUUACUAAACGGUCAUGACGAAGAUGCUAGUGACUUGGCCAGUUUUAUGAACGAUGAUACCAGUUUCGAUGUUGAUACCGAAGAAGACAGCGGCACACCGGCUCACGAGCCCUACUCAGACCAUGUCGACGAGGCGCACGAUAGCGCUCCAGAAAAUUAG